CUUUUGAAUCUUGUCCAUGGAAGCUGACGCACACACCUGUUACUGUGCCGUUUCCUGUCUACCCCUUGGGCUAUUUUGUGCACAACUUUGAUGUCGAUAAUCAGGAGACUAAUUCCUUGGGUCGUGUUCGUGUCCGCCGCGGCCCUAACCGCCUCGCCUCCGCCUCGGUUCGACGGACAAGCGCAACAACCAAUACCCGUAACCGGACUGACCACCGGCAUCAACAAUCGGACUGGCGAGUGGCCUGCACGAUGGGAAAUUAAUGCACUUGAGCAUGAAGGCGGACCUCGAUGGGACCUAUAUAUCCAAGGUCUUGCAGCACUACAAAAUAAGACGGAGGCGGAUGAGCUAUCACAUUUCAGCCUCGCGGGUAUUCAUGGAAUGCCUUACGCCCCGUAUAACGGGGUAGGCCCGGUUCCAGGGGGUUCGGGUCGCGGUUUCUGCCCGCACGGUGAGGGUCAAUUCGUAGCAUGGCACCGCGCGUACCUCGCCCUCUACGAGCAAAUCCUCGGCUCCGAAAUCCGCCGCAUCGCCGCGCAAUACAACACCAGCUACCGGAACUUCACGUACCGUGAGGCCGCUCGCACCUUCCGUCUGCCGUACUGGGACUGGGCCUCUAACGCGCAACUGCCGCCGGCGUGCGCUACGUUGAAUGUCACGGUGACGGGUCCAUUCGGACCCCUGACUAUGCGCAACCCGCUAUAUAGUUACAAAUGGCCGACGUACCCCCUGAACGAGACGCAGUUCCCAGGGUCUGCAGGCUUUCCAGACGAGACGACGCGGGCUUCGGAUGGGAAAAGCGACUUUAGCCUCGACGUAGUGAAUGCGAAUUUGGCGGCUGUGGCGGGACAGUUGAGGGAUCAGGUUUACCGCACCUUUGCCUUCGCCGAGACCUACGACCAGAUGUCGUCGACGGCGGACCCGGCGGGGUUGAGUCUGGAGGCGGCGCAUAACAUCGUGCAUGAUGCUGUCGGGGGCACGUUUGCGUUUAUCGCUGUAACGGCUUUUGAUUCGCUUUUUAUGCUCCACCACGCCAACGUCGACCGCCUCGCCGCACUAUGGCAAGCCGCUCACCCCGAUAACACUUACCAGUCGCAGACCUACAUUACUGGUGGCCUAUAUGGAAUUGCUCGCGGCGAUAACGUAACAGCUAAGAGCCCGGUGAAGCCGUUCUAUCGCGCCGAUGGCAAGUCCUUCCAUACGGGAAUCAGCACCUCGUCGAUUGAUGCGUUUGGGUAUACAUACCCCGAGCUCAAGGGCUGGGGUCUUAGUCAGUAUCAGGGGAGUGGUGUUAUAUCUCGUAUUAAUAGCCUCUAUGGCAGUAAUGGCGAUAAUAACAACACGCUAGCUGGUGAUGAGUGGUUUGUGGAAAUCGCUGUUAAUCGGUCUGAGCUGGAACUACCUUGCAAUAUUAAUGUCCGUGUAGGAGAAGUUUUCGCCGGACGAAUGGCGCUUCUUGGAAUGCCUACGCACGGUUUGGCUCAUUCUAAGAUUUCCCUGCGAAGGGCCCUUGGAUUGAACAGGAUAGGUCGUGAUGCGAUGCAAAGAACAUUGCUAGAGCAGCUUAGGGUCGAGAUCACUAAGGGAAAUGGAGCUAUGAUCGAUGCUAAAGAUGUCGCGGGACUAAUAGUGAAUCUCGCAUCUAUUGAUAUCAUGUCUCGCGGGAACGACUCUGAGUUCACCAAGUAUGGAAAUAAAAGAGUUGUUCCGCUUGGGAGGGUUGGAUAGGUGUUUGCGGAGGUCCCUUAUUUUUCACGCCUGAGAUGUACGACUUCUAUUAACUCUAAUUCUAGUAUUACGCGAUCUAAUUUUUAAUACUAUUUAUUAAUAAUUAUCUUGCCUUGUAUA